CCUGAAAUAAUCAAUCUUACAAUUAAAUCACCUGAAAUGAUCAAUGUUACAAUUAAAUCACCUGAAAUAAUCAAUCUUACAAUUAAAUCACCUGAAAUAAUCAAUCUUACAAUUAAAUCACCUGAAAUGAUCAAUCUUACAAUUCAAUCACCUGAAAUAAUUUUUGUUACAAUUAAAUCACCUGAAAUAAUCAAUGUUACAAUUAAAUCACCUGAAAUGAUCAAUGUUACAAUUAAAUCACCUGAAAUAAUCAAUGUUACAAUUAAAUCACCUGAAAUGACCAAUCUUACAAUUAAAUCACCUGAAAUAAUAAUUGUUACAAUUAAAUCACCUGAAAUGACCAAUCUUACAAUUAAAUCACCUGAAAUAAUAAUUGUUACAAUUAAAUCACCUGAAAUGAUCAAUCUUACAAUUAAAUCACCUGAAAUAAUAAUUGUUACAAUCAAA